AUGGCGGAUCAACUCAGCGGCAACAUGGGCAACCUGUCCCUCGAUGGUGCCCAGGCUCCUCAGCCUACCACUCGUUCGUACAUUCCUCCCCACUUGCGUAGCAAGAUGGCGGCUGGCAAUACGGCCCCGAGCAAUGCUCCGCAGAUGGCCUCUCCCCCCGUGAAUGGGCCGGGUCCUAUGGGUGGUCUGAACAACAGCGCCUGGGCUGGUAACAACAAUUUCGAUGCUCGCGGUGGCAACUGGGCAGGCGGUUACGACGCCGCACCCCCUCAGCCUUGGGGCGGCCGUCAGGGCGGCGGCUUCAACCGCAACGCGUACCGUGGUCCCGCCGGCGGUGGUGGAGGUGCCCCUAUUGGCGGUGGUGGUGGCCGCGGUGAGGGUCGCUGGAUUGACGGCAAGCACGUUCCGGGUCCUGCUGACCCUCGUCUUGAGCGGGAUCUCUUUGGUACUCCCGACGACCCGAACAAACAACACACCGGCAUCAACUUUGAGAAGUAUGACGACAUUCCCGUUACGCCGUCUGGCCGUGAUGUGCCGGAGCCUGUCUUGACCUUCAGCAACCCUCCGUUGGACCCUCAUCUUCUCUCCAACAUUGAACUGGCUCGGUACAAGAUUCCAACCCCCGUUCAGAAGUAUUCGAUCCCGAUCGUCAUCAACGGUCGGGAUCUCAUGGCCUGCGCCCAGACUGGUUCCGGCAAGACUGGUGGUUUCUUGUUCCCCAUCCUCCAUCAAUCCUUCACGCAAGGCCCCUCUCCCAUCCCUGCACAAGGCGGUGGCUACGGUCGUCAGCGCAAGGCUUACCCCACGGCUCUGAUCCUUGCGCCGACUCGUGAGCUGGUUUCCCAGAUCUACGAUGAGUCCCGAAAGUUCGCCUACCGCUCUUGGGUCCGCCCCUGCGUCGUCUAUGGUGGGGCCGAUAUCGGCUCCCAGCUUCGUCAGAUCGAGCGCGGUUGUGAUCUGCUUGUCGCCACCCCUGGCAGGCUUGUCGACUUGAUCGAGCGUGGCCGCAUCUCGCUCUGCAACAUCAAGUAUCUGGUUCUCGACGAGGCUGAUCGCAUGCUUGACAUGGGUUUCGAGCCCCAGAUCCGCCGCAUCGUCCAGGGCGAGGACAUGCCUCCCACGGGUCAGCGCCAGACACUCAUGUUCUCGGCCACUUUCCCUCGCGACAUCCAGAUGCUCGCCCAGGACUUCCUUAACGACUACGUGUUCCUGUCUGUCGGCCGUGUUGGUUCGACUUCGGAAAACAUCACGCAGAAGGUCGAAUAUGUCGAAGACAUUGACAAGCGCUCUGUUCUGCUUGACAUCCUCCACACUCACGCCGGGGGCCUUACGCUCAUCUUCGUGGAGACCAAGCGCAUGGCAGAUUCGCUCUCCGACUUCCUCAUUAAUCAGGGCUUCCCCGCGACCUCAAUCCACGGCGACCGCACUCAGCGUGAACGUGAGAAGGCCUUGGAGCUGUUCCGCAACGGAAAGUACCCCAUUCUUGUUGCGACCGCUGUUGCCGCCCGUGGCUUGGACAUUCCGAACGUCACUCACGUGAUCAACUACGACUUGCCCACAGACAUCGACGACUAUGUCCACCGUAUCGGUCGUACGGGCCGUGCGGGCAACACCGGUAUUGCGACUGCAUUCUUCAACCGUGGCAACCGCGGCAUUGUCCGGGAGUUGCUCGACCUGCUCAAGGAAGCCAACCAAGAAGUCCCGCCGUUCCUCGAGACCAUCGCUCGCGAGUCAUCGUUUGGUGGCGGUGGCCGCGGUCGCGGCGGCGGCGGUCGUGGCCGUGGCCGUGGUGGCAACACCGAUUUCCGCAAGUAUGGCGGUGGCGGUGGCGGCGGCUUCGGCGGCGGUGGCUUCAACGGCCCCCAGCAAGGCGGCGGUGGCGGCUUUGGAGGCGGCUUCGGAGGCCCUCCGAGCGGCGGCUACGGCGGCUAUGGCGGUGGUGGUUACGGCGGGGGCGGCUACGGCAACCCUGGCGGUGCCGGUGGCCCUGGCGCUGCUUCUUGGUGGUAA